GCCGCCUCGGCCGCGUUCAGCGCCCGCCCCGCUGGGCCCGGGGAAUUCGGGGCCGCUGCGGGGGCUCCGAUCGCUCUCCUCAGGCGGGGAUGGCGGCGGAGGACGAGGCGGAGCUGAGCCUGCUGGAGUGCCGGGUGUGCUUCGAGCCGUACGGCCCCGACGGGCAGCGGCGGCCGCUCAAUCUGCCCUGCGGGCACGUCCUCUGCCGGGGCUGCGUGGGGGCCCUGGCCGCCGCCGAGCGCCAGAGGCUGGAGUGUCCCUUCUGCCGGCGGCUCUGCGGCCCCGCCGAGACCAGCGACUGCCUCCCGCUGCUGCAGCUGCUGGAGCUCCUGGGCCCCGUCGGCGGCGGCCUCGCCUCGGCCCUGGGCAGGAGCGGCGGAGGGGCGGCGGGGGCGGCCCCCGCGGGGCUCGGGCUGCGGCUGUGCCUGGGGGGCUGGGGGUCGCUGGUGAACCCCACCGGGGUGGCGGCCUGCCCCGGGUCGGGUCGCCUGGCAGUGGCACACGACGGCAAGAAGAGGAUCCACGUCUUUGGGCCGAGCGGGUUCUGCCUGCGGCGGUUCGGGGAGCGGGGGGACGCGAGCAACGACAUCAAGUAUCCGCUCGAUGUGACGGUCACGUCGGACGGGCACGUGGUGGUCACCGACGGCGGGGACUGCUCCGUGAAGGCCUUCAAUUUUGAGGGAAGGGGGGUCCUGGCUGUCCGGGAAGGCUUCUGUUUGCCCUGGGGCUUGGAUGCCACCCUCAAGAGCGAAGUAAUCAUGACCGACUCGGAGGCAGGCGCGCUCUACCGCCUGGCGGCCGACUUCCAAAAGGGGGAAUUAAAGAAGUGUCAGAUGAUCCGGUCCCAGCUUGUCAGCCCCAGAGCGGUUGCAGUCUGCCAGACCUCGGGUGCUGUCGUGGUAAUAGAGCACCUGAAAGCUCGAGGACUGAGCAAGGGCAGCACCCGAGUGACGAUAUUCAGUGCGGCGAUGGAUCUCAUCGGCCAGAUGGACAGCUUCGGUCUGAACCUCGUUUUCCCCUCCAGAAUAUAUGCUACGGCUGUGGCCUUUGACAAAGAAGGUCGUGUUAUUGUAACGGAUGUUUGUAGCCAGGCUGUCAUAUGCUUAGGAAAACCUGAGGAAUUUCCCAUCUUUAAUCCUCUAAUUAGCCACGGGCUUUCUUAUCCUGUUGGGCUGACUUACACGGCAAACAAUUCCCUCGUCGUUUUAGACAGCGGUGAUCAUUCAGUGAAAGUAUAUAGCUCUACCUGAGUGGGCUUAGAUGCUUACUGCUGCAGGCUCAAGCUGCUUCUGGCCAUAAAGCAUGCGGAGUUCUGGAGUUUGUAGGAGUGGAGGGAGGAGGCGGUUUUGAGGCUUUGAAUGAAAUCACCCUCUGACCAACACGCCGUGCUUCCUGCAAAACGUGUACCACGUCUCUUGCCUACCUGUGGGAGAGGACUUGGCUGUUGCUGCCUGUAGCCAACAACAAAUCAACCAAACAAAUCACUUAGCAUUUUAAAACUAUUCCAUGCCUUGACAACUAAGUGGUUUUGGUUCUUUUUGACACGUAAUCAAAGACCAGCACAUGUGAAAGUAAUGCGUCAUUUAUUUACAUUUCCCAACACAUAGUUAUCAUUAUUCUUAAUUAAGUAUAGAUACGCUCCUGACAGACCUGUUUCCAGGAAUUGUGCACAAGGAAGGAGAUUGCCUUGACAGAAUGAUAGGAGAAUUGGAAGCCUCCAUUCAAGGUUGCAUAAAUCCAGCUAAAAUCAUUGUGAUGGAGGAGCUACCACUAAUGAUUGCCCUGUAGAUGGUUUCUUCUUCUGUUUGGCGAUAUCCUGCAGAAGUUGUUAUAGGGCCGUUUUUUGCUAUUGAAAAUUAUAUGGAUGUGCACAGUCUGUAUUUUGCAGCCUUCUCUACUGCCUGGCCAGACAGCAAGUGCCUUUGGAAGAACCAGAAAUCCUCCUUGCCUGUUCUGCAGCGCGAGCUGUAUGGCCCUGAGCAGGAGCCCACUUGGGAGGUCAAGAAGGAAAUUUACUCAGAGAAGGAGACCCCUGGAUUAUAUAUUCCUUUCUAGAUGCCAAGGAGAUGCCUGCCUUUGAUAGAACCAAUUAGAUAACACUUCCUUUGGGAGACUGCUGUGUGUCAAAAUGCAUGCAAUGCCCUCAAUGCUGUAUUCAUACAGAAUUAAUACUUAGUCACGGUAACACUUCCUCUGAACCAUGGGAUGUGAGCUUUCAUCUUCUCAAACCUUUGUGUGCACCAGGAGCUUAUUUUUUGCUACUAAAUUCAUGGAUGGGAAAAUUUCCUAGGACCUACUGCCAUGUAGGCAACUUUCCAGCAGUUGAAAUGCAGAUUUUUAAACAUUUGACUCAUGCUGUUUUAAAAUCUACAAAAACUCCCAUUACUGCCCAUUCUGUUCCUGACUCCUUUGGUAAUUAGAAAUCACUUGAUUUUUUGAUUUGUAAGCAAAAUAAACUUUGUGACUUUAUUCUACCUAA